AUGGAGAAAGCAUCGCAAGCAUCCACCGUUCACGAAGAACAGCACGAGAGCCCAAAGUUCGGGCUGGUCGACAAGGACCCCUCGCGGCAUGAGGUCCACCCCGUCGUCGAGGAGGUUGCGCUUGAGCGCAACUUUUCGUUCCUCUCGAGUUUGGGUCUGGCAUUCACCCUGCUUAACAGUUGGACAGCCAUGUCUGGAUCCCUUGGUCUUGUGCUUCCGUCGGGCGGAAGCGUGUCCAUGAUCUGGGGUCUUCUGACAUCGGCAGUCGGGACGCUGUUGAUGGUCCUCCCGCUCGCUGAGAUUUGUCACUCGUAUCCCAUGAGCGGCGGGCAGUACGACUGGGCCUACAUUCUCGCUCCAAAGCGCUACAAGGUCGGUCUUUCGUUCUUCACGGGUUGGAUGGCGACUGCUGGAUGGAUCGCCCUUGCCGCGACGGCCGCUGCCCUCGGCGCCCAACUCAUUACCGGUAUCAUCAACCUUUGGCACCCAGAUUACACCGCCAAGCCGUGGCAGCAGUUCCUCAUCUACCUCGCAAUUGUGAUUCAAGCGUUCCUGCUCAACAUCUUUAGCGUUCGUGCGCUUCCUCACAUUGACCGGUUCGCGGGCUUGUGGAGCAUGUGUGGUAUUGUCAUCGUCGUGAUUGUCUGCCUUGUAUGCGCGCGCGGCAACUACCAGCCCCCAAAGGAGGUGUUUGCGCAGUGGAACAACGAGACUGGCUGGCCCGACGGAAUGGCGUUCAUCCUCGGUCUCCUGCAGUCCGUCUUCGGCCUUACAGGUUUCGACGCCGCUACGCACAUGAUUGAAGAGAUGCCGAGCCCCGCGACGACCGCGCCGCGCGUCAUGGUCUCCGCCGUCCUCAUGGGCGCCGGGACCAGUUGGAUCUUUAUGAUCGUCCUCCUCUUCUGCCUCAGCAGCUUCAAGGGCGUCCUCGAGGCUACUUCGACUGGACCCCUCCUCGAGAUCUACUACCAGGCAACGCGGAGCAAGGUCGGCGCAACCUGUCUCAUCAUGUUCAACCUCAUGGCAUUUGUGUUUGUGCAGCAAGUACUCAUCACCAUCUCGAGCCGUAUGCUCCUCGCUAUUGCUCGCGACCGCGGCAUGGGCCACGCCUCUCGCUUCCUCGCACCGGUUCACCCGCGCCUCAAGGUCCCUGUGCAGAGCAUCUGCUUCUGUACCUUCUGGGUCGUUGUUUUCGGACUCAUCAACCUCGGCUCGUCUAUUGCCAGCAACGCUAUCCUGUCGUCGUCGGUCGUACUCCUCCAGAUCUCGUACUUUGUUCCCAUCCUCCUUAUCCUCAUCCGUGGUCAGAAGGCAUUCGAUGGGUACAACCACAACGCGCAAUGGUCGUUGGGCAAGUUCCGCCGUCCGAUUUGUGUCGGAGCGCUCAUCUUCCUCUUAGUCACGUCCAUCACGUUCACGUUCCCGCCGUUCAUUCCCGUGGCGUCCGGCAGCACGAUGAACUGGGUCGUGCUCGUCAUCGGUAUCGUGUGGAUCAUGUGCGCGGCGACGUGGUUCAUCGACGCGCGCAAGAUGUUCGAGGGCCCAAGCGAGCUCGAGGAGCGUCUGGCCAUCUCGCACUCGUCGUAG